AUGGCACCCAAGAAGGAAAAAGGCGAGGCUGUGAACACCAGCUCAAAGAUAUGGGAGCCCUCACUCAUAGCUGCACACCUCAAUCAGAACGAUUGGAAGGCCUCCAUCGCUUUUGUGGUUGGGAACCAGAUUGAGGAUGAUCUUCUCAUUCGCGCCCUCACUCUCGCCGUCCAGCUCCCUCAGCGAAAGCUCUUCAGUAUGGUAUCGUGGCAAGACAUUCUUCAGCAGAUCAAUGAAAUAAAUGCAAUAGUUGGAGCUGCCUCAUCUAAAAAAGCAAAAAAACCUGGAGGUGUUAAUGUUCCCUUAUUUUAUGAGGUGUUAAUGGCAGCAAAAGCAAUUAUGGAUAGUGGAGAGACAUUAACCUUACCACUGAUAGGGAAACUCUUGAAAUUUCAACUUCUCCAGAUUAAAUUUAAGGACCAACAGCGACGGGAAAAUGAAAAGAAGGUGACAGAAGACAGAUUUAAGUUAGAAAAAGAUAAAGGGAAAACAAAAUCUCCCAAGGAGAAGAAGGCUCCGAGUGCGAAGCUUGCCAAAGGAAAGGGAAAGGAUCAACCUGAGGCCAGCGCAACAGUGAGAAAGACCACGCAGUUAAAACGGAGGGGAGAAGAAGAUGACACCAAAAGUUACAUUGAUGAUGAGCCAGAUGAUGGUGCCCAACAUUACAUUAUAGUUGUGGGCUUCAACAAUCCCCAGCUAUUAGCGAUUAUGACUGAGCUUGGCGUUCCUAUAACCAGCGUGAUUAAAAUAUCUUCAGAGAAUUAUGAACCUCUGCAGACACACCUGGCAGCAGUUAGCCAGCAGCAGGAAGUUUUUCUUCAGCCAGGAGGCAUAGAAGCUGAAAAAUUGAAGAAAGAGAAUGCCAUAAAAGAACUUGAAAUUUUCUGGAAGUACUUGGAACCAAUCCUGAAUAAUGAAAAACCUGAAACAAAUCUCUUUGAUGUUGCUCGACUUGAAUACACGGUCAAGGCAGCUGAUUUUCCUUCUGACUGGUCAGACAACGAGAUAAUGCUGGAAUUGGGCACUGAUAUUUUUGAAAAUAUUGCCUGUUUGAUGUAUGACACCCUGGAUUGGAAAAGGCAGCACCAGCACUAUCUGGAAAGCACGAAGUUUUUUAACGUUCCUCAAGUGGUUAAUGAGAAAACUAUCUUAGAAUCCAUAUCAACUCCUGAGCCUCUACAACCUGUUGCUCCAACCCCGGGAAAGAAGAAAACACAAGGUGAAGAACCACAAGCUCCACCACCAGUGAGUUUUGUCAUCACAACUGAUGUAGACAUGAGAUACUACAAUGAUUUGUUGAAUCCGAUUCCAGAGGAAUUCAUUUCUGUGCCCCUGAUGCUGCAUUGUAUGAUUGAACAGGUUGUGGCAACUGAAGAAGAUCUUGUCCCACCCAGUCUGCAGGAGCCACCCCCCAGAGCUGAUGGGCUAGACCACAGAAUUGCAGCUCACAUUGUGUCCCUCCUGCCCUCACUCUGCCUCUCAGAGAGGGAGAAAAAGAAUCUCCAUGAAGUAUUCUUAUCUGAAGAAGAAAGUGAAAGCAAAGCAGUGCCCGUAGGCCCUCUGCUACUGAACUACCAUGAUGCACAUGCCCACAAGAAGUAUGCACUGAAGGACCAAAAGAAUUUUGACCCAGUUCAAAUUGAGCAGGAGAUGCAGUCCAAGUUGCCACUGUGGGAAUUCCUUCAAUUCCCUAUGCCCCCACCAUGGAACAACACUAAACGUCUAGCUACGAUUCAUGAGCUUAUGCACUUUUGUACAAGCGAAGUCUUGAGCUGGAAUGAAGUAGAACGAGCCUUCAAGGUGUUUACUUUUGAGAGCCUGAAGCUCUCUGAGGUUGACGAAAAAGGGAAACUAAAGCCUUCUGGGAUGAUGAGUGGAACAAAUUCUGAAAUGUUCAACAUACCAUGGGAUAACCCUGCCAGAUUUGCUAAACAGAUAAGGCAGCAAUACAUCAUGAAAAUGAGCACCCAAAAUGCCAAACAGCAAACAGAUGUUGAAACCAAAGACAAAAUAAUAUUUGUGGAUCCAAAUUGGUCAACGUCUGUCCAAGAUAAGGAGAGCAAUGGAGAACCUUCAGAUCCUAGUCAGACUGAUGCUAAUAGCAUGAAGUAUCCUGGCUCGAAUAAUAUGAAAGCCUCAAGCCCUGAUAAUACAGAGCUGUCAGAGCAGGAGACCAGUGUGAAGUCUCAGCCCCAGCCUGAGCCUUUAGAGCAGACCACGAACAACGAGAUCAAAGAUGAUGCAGUCACAAAGACUGAUUCUCUUGAAAAGAAACCCAAGAAGAUGAUGGUGGAAGCAGAUUUAGAGGACAUAAAGAAAACACAGCAGCGCAGUCUAAUGGACUGGAGUUUUACUGAACAUUUUAAACCAAAAGUACUGCUUCAGGUUCUUCAAGAAGCCCAUCAGCAAUAUAGGUGUGUUGAUUCUUAUUACCAUACCCAAGACAACUCUUUACUUUUAGUCUUUCAUAAUCCGAUGAAUAUACAACGUCAGCAUUGUGAAUAUUGGAAUAUCGCUCUUCACUCCAAUGUUGGAUUCAGGAAUUAUUUGGAACUUGUUGCAAAAUCCAUUCAGGAUUGGAUUACAAAAGAAGAAGCUAUAUAUCAGGAAUCUAAAAUGUGUGAGGAAAUCAUUAGGACUAAGGCUGAGAUGGAACUGAAAUCUUCUACUAGUGCCAACAUUUCUGCUAGCAAAAUUUUUUCCCCUAAAAAAUCUAGAAGUAACAAAGGAAUCAGCAAAACAGAAAUAUCAGAUCAAGAAAAAGAAAAAGAGAAGGAAAAAAUUCCUUUCAUUUUAGAAGGUUCUCUCAAGGCAUGGAAAGAAGAGCAAGAUCGAUUAGCAGAAGAAGAACGAUUAAGGGAAGAAAAGAAAGCAGAAAAGAAGAAUAAAGAAGCCAGCAAAAAGAAAGGCAAGGAUAAGGCAGAGAAAGAAGAUAGUAGAGUUUUGAAGAAAAAGGCUUCAUUAAAGGAGAAAUCUAAAGAAGAACAAAUAAAUAUCCCAGAAGUAAUAGAGGAGUCCUACCAACAACCAGAACCUGAGAUAGUUUACCCGUUUCGAGGAUAUAAUAUGGGAAAUAUACCCAUCCAAAUCUCAGGGACAAAUUACUAUCUGUAUCCGUCUGAUGGAGGGCAGAUUGAAGUUGAAAAGACGAUAUUUGAAAAAGGCUCAACUUUUAUCAAAGUGAAAGUGACAAAGGACAAGCACAAUUUUAUAAUUCAUUUAAAAGACCCUAAGGAAAUUAUAAAAAAGGAAAAGGAAGAAGAGGAUUAUUAUUCAGAAGAAGAGAAAGAGCAAAGAGAUGAGGAACAAAAUCUUGAAACAGAAGUAUCAUAUGCAAAGAAUAAAGCUGUCAGCAAGUUUGGAUCUUUUUCUGCCACCUUAGAAAAUGGAAUCUGCCUCUCAAUAAGUUACUAUGGAUCAAGUGGAAUGGCGCCAGAAGAUAAAGAUCCUGCUUUAGAAACAAUGUUGAAUAUCCCUUCAGCACUCACUCCAACAGUGGUUCCUGUUAUAGUGAAUGUUCCACAAAGCAAACCUAAAGGGAAAACAAAAGGCAAAGAAAAACCCAAAGAAUCCCUUAAAGAAGAGGAGCAACCAAAAGAAGAAGAGAAAAAGGAAGAAGUAGAACCAGAGCCUGUUUUACAAGAGGACUUUUAUGUUCCCACCUUCCAAAGCCUAAAUGUGUCUUGCCCCAGUGGGCUCCUAUUGACUUUCAUUGGGCAAGAGCCUACAGGUCAAUAUGUAGCAGAUGAGGAACCCACCUGGGACAUCAUAGUCCGUCAGAGCUACCCCCAGAGGGUGAAGCACUAUGAGUUCUAUAAAACGGUGAUGCCACCAGUGGAGCAGGAGGCUUCGAGAGUUAUCACCAGUCAAGGCACCGUUGUCAAAUACAUGUUGGAUGGAUCCACACAGAUUCUCUUUGCAGAUGGUGCUGUGAGCAGCAGUCCCGAUUCAGGUCUUAUUUAUCCGCCUCCUGAAGUGCCAGCAAGCCCUCACAAUGGAGAUUUGAUGGACUCAACUUCUCAGCAAAAAUCAGAAACAGCACCGUCUGAAACUGUCAUCACAAAGAAAGGAAGAGGUCACAAAAGUCUGUCAUCAAUGGCACACAAGAAUGAAAUCCAUGAACCUCCACCAGAGACAGCUCAAACAGUGACUUCUGUGGAGGGUCACCUAGGCACCUGGUUUACAACUACACCUGAAGGAAAUCAGAUUGGCACCAAAGGAUUAGAAAGAAUAGCAGACUUGGCCCCGUUUUUAUCCUUUCAGGCCACAGAUCCUGUCAAUGGAACGGUUAUGACAACUCGGGAAGACAAAGUGGUCAUUGUUGAAGAGAAAGAUGGUACUCGCAUAGUGGAUCAUGCUGAUGGUACCAGAAUUACAACCUUUUAUCAAGUUUACGAAGAUCAUAUUAUUACCCCAGAUAAUCGAGAAAUAACCAACGAUCCUCAGACUUUCACCAGGCAGGUAAAGUGUAUGCGGAUAGAAAACUCACACUAUGCCACUGUUAUCACCAACUGUGAGGACAGUAGCUGCUGUGCCACCUUUGGGGAUGGAACGUCUAUUAUUGCAAAGCCGCAGGGAACAUACCAGGUGUUACCUGCAAACACAGGCUCUCUUCACAUUGAUAGAGAUUGUUCCGCUAUCUAUUGCCAUGAAUCAAGCAGUGACAUGUACCACCCUUUCCAAAAGCGUGAGCAGCUGAGAGCCAGCAAGUACAUCAUGAGGCACACUUCAGAGGUUGUCUGUGAGGUUCUGGAUCCCGAGGGAAACACUUUUCAGGUCAUGGCUGAUGGUAGUUCAUCAACAAUAUUACCUGAAGAAAAAAUGGAAGAUGAUUUAAAUGUAAAAACUGAGGGUUAUGAUAAUUUGUCAUAUAUUCGCCUUCAAAAGCAUCAUCAGCAAAUCUAUGGUGAACAUGUCCCCAGGUUUUUUGUUAUCUAUGCUGAUGGAUCAGGAGUGGAACUUCUUCGAGACAGUGACAUAGAAGAAUACCUAUCAUUGGCAUAUGGAGAAUCAACUACUCUUGUUCUCCAAGAGCCAGUGCAGGAACAGCCAGGUACCCUGAGCAUCACAGUCCUUCGCCCUUUUCAUGAAGCAUCACCAUGGCUAACGAAGAAGGAAUUCGAUACAAUUGUUCCUCCUAAUCUCCAGUCAAGGUCAUGGGAAACAUUUCCUGCAGUUGAGAAAAAAACUCCAGGACCUCCAUUUGGCAGUCAGGUUUGGAAGGGCCUUUGCAUUGGGUCCAAGCAGCUAAUGAGUGCCCCAGCACCUAUACUCAAGGGCCCCAAGGUGCUACAGAUGCGCCAGUUCAUUCAGCACAAGGUCAUAAAGGAUGAGGUGAAACUGAGGCUGCAGGUUUCCCUUAAGGAUUAUAUAAACCAUAUUCUAAAGAAAGAAGAUGAGCUACAGGAAAUGACAGUUAAAGAUUCCAGAACGAAGAAGGAGAGGGGCAAUGCUGCUGAUCUCCUCAAGCUGGUUAUGUCUUUCCCUAAAAUGGAGGAAACCACAAAAAGUCAUGUUACUGAAGUUGCAGCCCACCUCACUGAUUUAUUCAAGCAAUCUUUGGCUACUACUCCAAAAGUUCCACCAAACACAUUUGGUAAAGAUUUAUUUGAAAAGAAAUGGAGGCACACAGAAUCUUCAAAGCGCUGGAAAGAAAAGAUAGACCAAAAGAGGAAGGAAAUUGAGAUAACACAAAAUUGCCUAAUGGAUAUUAGAAACCGUGUAAUACCACCCUAUUUCAAAUCUGAAUUGAGCAAGGUAUAUCAGUCUCAGUCUAAUUAUCUGGCCAGCGUUUCAAAAAAACUGCCUCCUUUUACAAAGAAAGAUGAAGAAGCAAACAAAACAACAGUUGAAAAUAAAUAUGAUCUUCAUCCAGAUUCCAAACCAUCUAACAUUUCAGAACAAGAAUCUUCACCUGUACUUAAUCUUCCAAAGUCACAGAUUUCUGUGGAUAUGAAGGAGUUCACUGGCCAGAACCAAACUGAAAAUUUAACAAAAUCUACCAAAGAACCAGAACGUUGUGUGCCUGUGAAUGUUCCAACCCAGUCAUUGCUGCAGGAUGUUGCAGGACAAGCAAGAAAACUCAAAGUGAAGUUGCCUUAUUAUUUGACGAGUUCCAAGCCCAAGUCUCAGCCUCUCACAAAGGUGAAAGAUUCUGUUGGAGGAAAAGUGAAUACAUCCUCUGUUGCAUCUGCUGCCAUUAAUAAUGCAAACUCAUCCCCUUUUGGGUUCCAUCUUCUCCCAUCAUCAGUGAAGUUUGGAGUGCUUAAAGAAGGACACACCUAUGCAGCUAUUGUAAAGCUCAAGAAUGUUGGCGUGGACUUCUGCAGGUUUAGAGUGAAGCAGCCCCCACCCAGCACAGGACUGAAAGUCACUUACAAACCUGGGCCUUUGGCACCUGGUUUGCAUGCAGAAUUGAAGGUGGAGUUGUUUGCCAUGGUUGCUGGAGAAGACGGUGCCAAGGGAGUGACGCACAUCUCUCACAAUAUUGAGAUUAUGACUGAGCAUGAUGUUCUGUUCUUACCUGUGGAAGCAACAGUUUUAACAAGCAGCAAUUAUGAUGAGCGACCAAAAGAUUUUCCCCAGGGAAAAGAAAAUCCCAUGAUCCAGAGAACUUCUACAAUCUCUUCCUCAGCACUUGGAGUCUUCAUGUCUCGUAAAGUUUCUCCACAUUAGGCCCAUUUCUUCUCGGUAUAGCUCAAUAGCCUCCAUGAUCCUCUCAGCCUACACGAAUGAUGACAAAGGAUAUCGUCAUUGCAACAUACUCCAUCAUCCCAGGAUACUACAAUUGGAAGGCCUGACUAGAAAUUUACCUAACGAAGUAGCCUGAAUCAGUUUAAUAAAGAUGUGCCAAUAGAGUGCCUAACAGCAUUUAAAGACAUCUUUGGUUUCUUUUCUUAAUUUACAGAGAGGAGACUAAGUGUCAUGGACUCAGGUGAGACCACAUCUAGACAUCUUGAAUAAGGCAGUUCCCGGGAACAUCUGAAAGGUGCUACCUAACUUUCAGAAGGAGAUCAAGCUUUUCUUUCUAGAAAUCAAACAUGCACUGAUCAAAUUCAGGACUACUCUUGUCCUUGGUUCCAAGGGAAAAAAAUCAGAAGUUAUG